UACACACAGGGACACACAUACACAUAGACGCGGCAGCAUGGCGAACGCGCAAAGAACUCAGAGUCCUCACAAGCUGUCACAGAGAACAAAGUCAACAUGCCUCCCGCUUUUUCAGCUUUUGUUUUUUGCUAUCUUUCAGGUAGCACGGGCAAACAAGCAAGCUUUCAUUCAGUCAGACACCAUCCUAGAGGUGCUACAUUUUGGGGAAGCAGGCCUCUUGCAGACAGAGUCUGACAUUGACAUAAGUUCAUAUAAUCAAAAAAGCCCGCCCUUGCACCGGGGGAACUGCAGGCCCAUACGCUUCGAGCCGCCCAUGCUGGACUUCCAUGAACAGCCUGUUGGAAUGCCAAAAAUGGAAAAAGUUUACUUGCACAAUCCUAGUUCAGAAGAAAUUAGUUUAAUAUCAAUAUCAGCGACAACAGCGCAUUUUCACGCUUCCUUUUUUCAAAACCGGAUCAUCCCUCCGGGGGGAAACACAUCAUUUGAUGUGGUCUUUCUAGCACGAGUAGUAGGCAAUGUAGAAAAUACUUUAUUUAUUAACACAUCACACCAUGGAGUGUUUACAUACCAGGUGUUUGGUGUGGGCAUACCCAACCCAUACCGACUCCGGCCCUUCAUCGGGGCCAGGGUCCCUGUCAACAGCAGCUUCUCCCCUCUCAUAAACAUCCACAACCCACACAGUGAGCCCCUGCAGGUUGUGGAGAUGUACUCCAGCGGGGGCGACCUGCACCUUGAGCUGCCCACAGGGCAGCAGGGAGGGAACAGAAAACUAUGGGAGAUACCUCCCUUUGAGACAAAGGGGGUGAUGAGGGCCAGCUUCUCGUCACGAGACGCCGACAACCACACGGCCUUCAUCCGCAUCAAGACCAACGCCUCCAACGAGGACGAGUUCAUCAUCCUCCCCAUGGAGGUCGAGGUCACCGCAGCACCUGGUAUAUACUCCUCCAUAGAAAUGUUAGACUUUGGUACACUAAGAUCUCAAGAUCGACCAAAGCAGUUGAAUUUGCAUCUGCUAAAUUCAGGAAUGAAAGAUGUACCUAUCACAAGUAUUAGACCAACACCAUCAAACGAUGCUGUGUCAAUAGAAUUCAAGCAAGUCACGCUUAAAGCUGGUGAAAAUAGAUACACCAAAGUUGCAAGUAUUAGUUUUGAUGCGUCAAAGGUGAAAAGACCAUCACAGAUAUCUGGUAAAAUAACAGUGAAAGCAAAAGAAAAAAGCUACUCGAAACUUGAAAUUCCAUAUCAAGCUGAAGUUUUAGAAGGGUAUCUGGGCUUUGAUCACACAGUCACCCUGUUCCACAUCAGAGACAGCCCCCCAGACCCACAGGACAGGCCCAUAGUCCUCACCAACACCUUCAACUUCCCCAUCCUCAUCCAUGAUGUCUCUCUGCCGGAAGAGGCCAAAACCAUGUUCAAAGUGCAGAACUUCAGCGAGCCGGUGUUGGUGCCGCCGCGCGAGGCCCGCUACAUCUUCUCGCUGCACUUCCGCCCCUCGCGGCCCUCCAUCCACAUCGACAGCAACAUCCUGCUGGUCACCAACGCCUCGCGCUUCCACCUGCCCGUGCGCGCCUACACCGGCUUCCUGGAGCCCCUGGUGCUGCCACCCAGUCUAGAGGAGCACCUCCUGGACUUUGGGGUCCUCAGUGCCACCGACACCAGCAGCAUUGUGUUCGUGGUGGUCAACAGUAAUCCCAUAGAGCUGGUGAUCAGGCCGUGGCUGGUGACUGGGGACAGUCUGUCCAUGGAGCUACUGAGGACGGAGAGGGGCAACAGAACCACAGCGCUGGCCCGGUCCAAAGACCUCCACAACGCCACAGCCUCCACACACAAAACGGUCAUUCUGGCCUCUGGUUAUUAUGCAGCCUUCCGGGUAACGUUGGUUGCUAAGGACCUGGAGGGUGUGUACGACGGGGCGGUGCACAUCACAACAGAUUACGAGAUAUUGACCAUUCCGGUGAAGGCUGUGGUUGCAGUGGGCAGUCUGGCCAGUUCCCCAAAACACAUCAUCUUUCCCCCAUCCUUCCCAGGUAAAGUGGUGCACCAGUGUUUGAGCAUCAGCAGCUCCUUCUCCCAGAAGGUGAAGGUGCAGCACAUCAUCUCGCUGACAGAAGACCCACGCUUCUACCACAAGCGCCUCAAGAACAGCAAAGACGAGCUUGAACCCAAACGCAGGUCCAAGGUCGCAAAUAUUUAUUUUGAUGCCAGUUUGCAGUGUGGCAAUCACUGUUAUGUAGGACUGCCUUUUCUGAGAAAAUAUGAGCCAAAGCCCCACGGGCCUGUAAUGCAGGAGGACCUGUUUGAUGGGGAUGCAGACCUGCACCAGAUGCUGCUCAGGACCUGGGAGGAGAUCAGAGACAGCUCCAGACACGAGGUGGAAGGCGUCUUCGAGGUGAACACUGACCUGCAGAAGAACGUGCAGGCUCGAGUCAGUGCGCGCAUGAUGUGGCCCUCGCUGGUCCAGUCGUCAUGGCAGAUCAUCUUCCCCCUCACCAACACCAACAGCUCCUCCGAAGUGGAAGUUUUACUUGAAAAUCCAGCCGAUGUUCCUGUGUACGUUCAGAUCGUCCCCCUGGCCCUCUACCCCAACCCUGCAGCGUUCGCUGAAAAACUCUUAGAGAGGCUCCCAGUCAAAAAUCUCCCCAUUGACACAACCACUUUAGAGUUCCAAAUCCACAGGAAUCAGAGCUCUCUGACGAGAACCAGCGGCGGCUUCACAGAGGGGCAAACUCGGCCGUUUGUCCACAACCUGCACCUCCUCUCAGGAGAAGCCAAAAGCUUCUCGGUGAAAUUCAGCCCCAUCAGCAACCACACACUGACCUCCUUACUCCUCAUCAGGAACAACUUGACGGUGGUGGACUUCUUGCUGGUGCAUGGCCAGGGCACCUACGAGAGCCUGAAGAUGGCGGGCAAGCCCCCUGGGCCAGGCAGCUCCCUGCGCUUCAAACUGACCGAGGCGCUCCUGCGGGACUGCUCAGAGAAAGUGAAGCUGAAAGAGCCCAACUUUAGCCUUAGAAGAUCCUUUAAAGUGGAGAACACAGGCCGGCUGCCCCUGCACAUCCAAGCCAUGGAGAUCAACGGCUACGCCUGCGAGGGCUACGGCUUCAAAGUCGUCAACUGUCAAGAGUUUGUGCUCAAUCCAAACGUGUCCAAAGACAUUGUUAUAAUGUUCACACCAGACUUCACAGCGUCUCGUAUUAUCCGUGAGCUGCGGCUGGUGUCGGCGGGCGGCUCGUCGUUUGCCUUCGUGCUGAACGCCUCUCUGCCCUACCACCUGCUGGCGUCGUGCGCUGAGGCCCUGCCCCGGCCCUCCUGGGAGCUGGAGCUCUACGUCAUCAUCUCCAUCAUCAUGAGCUCCAUGUUCCUGCUGGUGCUGGUCACAGCUUACCUUGAAGCCUUGGGCAUCUGGGAGCCGUUCAAGAGACGCCUGUCCUUCGAGGGAUCCAACUCCUCCAUGGAAACGGGGCGACCUUUUGACCUCAGGGAAAUAGUGCGAAUUCAUAACGAUUCAAACACAAACGAUAACCACAGCGACAGUAACCACUCCUCACGGGGAGGUGCGUACAACAACAGGCCAGGUGGGAGACAAAACGCGGCGCCGUCCCACCACAACAACAGCAACGGCCACCUGGAUCGGCUCUCCAAAGGGGGCACGAGCAGAGCCGCUAUGCAAGCCAUCCCCAGCACACACAAGGGCCACGACAGCCCCACGGCCCAGCCAGUCAACCGCAAGGGGGGCCGCGGCUCCAGAGCCCAGAAUCAGCCCCAACAGAACCAGAACCAGAACCAACAGAACCAACAGAACCAGAACCAGAACCAAGCGCACCAGGAGAGCAGCCAGCGCCGCUGCUCGGACGACUCGGACUACAGCAGCCUGGUGGAGACGAUGGACCGAGACCUGGACCAGCCCGAGUCACCAGCCGCCACAGAGGUGUUCCAGGAGCAGGCCACGCCAUCAGCACAGGCCACACACAGCAAAGCCUCACAGUCUAAGGGGAAGGCCCAGCAGCAGCAGCAGCAGCAGCAGCAGCAGCAACAACAACAACAACAACAGCAGCAGCAGCAGCAGCAGCAGCAGAAGAAGUCGAAGGCCCAGAAGAAGCGCGAGGAGAAGGAGAAGAGGACCAAGAGCAAGCCUCAGGCCGAGGAGGAGCUGAAGCUGGUGGACAACGACGACAGCUCCUCCACCACCACCGAGGCCUCCAACCCCGACGUCGAGGCCGGAGUCAAAGAGGAGCCAGUGAAUAAUAAAAAAGGCCGGUCAGUAGCAGUCACGUUGGAGAAAGAGAAAGAGGAAGCGCCAGAGCCCCAGUCUAAACCCCAAAACAAGAAAGCGGCCAACACAAAACAGCCAGAGCCCCCAGCAGACACAAAGACCAGUUCAUUAGAGCUGCCGUACGUGACCCCUCUGGAAACCAAACAGCGCAAAAAGUUCCCCACCAAGAAUCUGAUGCAACAGGCUCUAGCCAACACGCCCAAACCAAGACCAGCUCCAAAAGCGGCAACAGCAACAGAGGAGAAGCUGUCCGAGUUCCGCUCGUCUCCCCUGGGCAAGAUGCUCGCCUGCAGCUCCGUCCAGGACCUGGUCGCCAGCAGCGGCUCGGAGGGCGAAAAGGACACCUCGCCCCCUCCAGAGUGGGACUCCGUGCCUCUCCACAAAUGCCCCCUGACUGUGGACAGCCUGCAGCAGAUCUCCAUGCAGACCCUGAACGCAGACUCCUUCCUUAAGCGCUCCAGCGGAAGCAGCCCGACGUCGAUGGGGCCGGUACCGGUGCCGAUGCCUUCCGCCCGCACCUCCUGCUCUCCACCUCCCCCCUCCUCCCCCGGCCAGACCCCCAGAGGCUCCUACAGCAGCGUGCUCAACACCAGCAGUGAGACCGGCUCCAAGGGCUCCACUGGAGCGAAGAAUAAGCUCACCAAGUCCAUCUCUCUGCCGGGACAGAACGGCAAUCCCACGUUCGCCGCGGUGGCGGCCGGCUACGACAAAAGCCCAGGUGGCAGCAGUCUAGCCAAAGCUGCCGUCAGCAGAGCGGACACUCUGGGCAAGGUGUCUCACACCACCUCUGUGGACAGUGACGGAUCGGACAGCACUGGGCUGUGGAGCCCCAUUGGAAACACCAGCAGUCCAAGCUUCAGCCCGGCCAAUUCCUUCUCUGCGUUUGGGCCCAGCAACACCUUCAAUCUGUCUGGAGUCUUCAGCGGGAUGACGACCCCCAAGAGCAGCGAGCCGCCCCAGAGCUGGUCCGAGUUCGGCUGCUCCUCGCCCUCGUACUGGGCGGCCGCCCCCGGCACUCCCACCGACCCGCUCCACUCCUGGCCCAGCAGCUCCGGAUCUGGACCCACCACUCCCACCACGUCCAUCCUGGGCAACAGCAGCCUGUGGUCCAGCAGCGCCCCCUUCAGCCCCUCCAUCUGGUCCACCAGCGGAGACACCUUCCCGCCGCCCUCCUCCGCGCCCACCUCGCCCAUCUCGGACCUCAUCGGCCCGCCCGCCGACAGCGGCUGCACCUCGCCCGCGCUGGGCGCCGUGGGCAGUGGCGUGGGGCACGGCGGGGCGUCCCCCGUGGAGCUGAGCCGCGCCUACAACCCCUGGAGCAUGUGGCGGCCGACCCUGACGCGCCGCAGCUCCGAGCCCUGGCCCAACCCCCCCGACGCAGGCAACUAAAGAGGCACAACACGACCUGGAGCCUCCAGGACACUAGAGGGCGACAUCUACGCUUGAGGUGGUUUUGGUUAAAAGCCUGCCACGUCAAAUUCAGAAUCAUGGUUGUGGCGGAGAGCUCCGCUAACUGAUUAGUGGACUAAAUUGGACAGGCUUUACCAACCACCUCAGCCAGUGGGUCCCUUCUAGAGUCUGUUGGAGCAUGUAGUGUCUUGAGAGAAUUUAUGAGAACCCAAUGCGGGGGAGAGGGAAAUGUGAAUUUUUUUUUCUUUUUUUUUUUCUCACACACAGUUCAGGCCUUAAAGCCAAACUUGUUUUUAAAAACGAAUGUUUCAUUUGAGGCCCCAGUCAAUAUUAGUGAACAUGACGAGCUGCUGCAUUUAUUUUAUAAUUCUCAGUUGUAUCACCUUGACAUCAAGAAAAGGUUAAGAAAUUUAAAAAAAGCCCCGUUGAGGCUGUUUGCCAUUUUGUUAAACGGCGUUGCGGCAGAAUUGGGGACCCGAUGUUCCUCACUGCUAUUUUGAAAUGAGCACUUUUAUGAAGCCCCUCUACUGAGGGGAAAAAGAGGGAUUUUUUCUGUUCUGAGAGGCAGUUGAAAAUGGUUAAUGUGCAAUAGGAAUGUAAAAUGGGAAAACCUGCAAUCUGAGUUAGAAAAUAGACAAAAAAAGAAGCCCUGGAAUCAUUGCUGUGCAGAUUUAAAUUUAACAUUCAAUGUGGUUUCCUCCACCAUGACUUUUGGUUCUUGGUUUUUAAGUUUCGAAAUUGGGGGAAAAUGUUUUAUGUGAAAUUUUAUCCUUUUUUAAGCAGGAAGGAUUGGCAGAAUGUCUAUCUUAUUUGUUUUGUUUUGUUUUGUUUUUUUUAUUUUGAGAAGAUGUGGUUAUUGGAUUUUGAUGCUGGAUUAAAAGUGUCAAGUUUUUUUUUCUGUCAGGAUCAAAAUGUGAUCACUUCCCAAGUCAAGAAUAAAACCACAUGGCAGAA